CGGGGGUCCCCCCCCUGCGCGGGGAGGGGCGGGAUUUCCCGGGGAACAGAGAAGCGGGCAGCGUUCCGCGGCGGCCGCCGAGAGACGGUUACUCCAUCUUACCCCCCCGCCUCCCCUCCCCCUCCCCGCCGCGGCGGGCGCCCGCUUCCCUCCGCCGCGCGCGGGGCCCGGCGCCGCCUCCGCCCGCCCGCCGGCCGCCGCCCCCGCCGGCAGCAGCCGGGGCGCGGGGACCCCCUUGUGGGGCCGGGAGUGCCCGCCGGGCGCAGGGGCCCCGCGGCCGCCCAGCAGGGCCCCCGCCCCCUCCCGCUGGUGGAGACUCCGGCCGGUGCCAGCGGCCGCUUCGAGGUUUUGUAGUGCUUCCCGAGCAUGAGUGCAGAAUGAAGCGGCGAUUGGAUGAGCAGGAGUCACCUGUGUAUGCGUCGCAGCAGAGACGUAUCACCAGCAGCACAGAGGCUUUCCAACACCAGCACCGCGUGCUCGCCCCCGCGCCGCCCGUAUAUGAGGCGGUUUCGGAGACCAUGCAGUCUGCCACUGGGAUCCAGUACUCGGUAACUCCCAGCUACCAGGUGUCGGCUGUGCCGCAGAGCUCGGGCAGCCAUGGGCCUGCCAUCGCAGCCGUCCACAGCGGGCACCACCACACCACCCCCGUGCAGCCGCACGGCAGCCAAGUGGUGCAAAGCCACGCGCACCCCACGCCGCCGGCGGUGCCCGUGCAGGGCCAGCAGCAGUUCCAGAGGCUUAAGGUGGAGGAUGCGCUGUCCUAUCUUGACCAGGUGAAGCUGCAGUUUGGUAGUCAGCCACAGGUCUACAAUGACUUCUUGGAUAUUAUGAAGGAAUUUAAAUCUCAAAGUAUUGACACUCCAGGAGUGAUCAGCCGUGUGUCUCAGCUCUUCAAGGGUCACCCUGACUUAAUCAUGGGUUUCAACACUUUCUUGCCACCUGGCUACAAAAUUGAGGUGCAGACGAAUGAUAUGGUGAACGUGACAACACCAGGACAGGUUCACCAGAUCCCCACUCAUGGCUUGCAGCCCCAGCCCCAACCUCAGCCCCAACAUCAGUCGCAGCCUUCGGCGCAGUCAACCCCAACACCAGCACAGCCAGCACCACAGCCACCACCUGCCAAAAUCAGUAAGCCAUCUCAGAUGCAGGCGCAUACUCCCGCCAGCCAGCAAACUCCCCCAAUUCCACCGUAUGCAUCACCGCGCUCUCCGCCGGUCCAACCUCACACACCUGUGACAAUCCCGCUGGGAACUACACCGUCCCUGCAGAACAAUCAGCCCGUUGAGUUUAAUCAUGCCAUCAACUAUGUCAACAAGAUCAAGAAUCGGUUCCAGGGACAGCCAGACAUCUACAAGGCCUUCCUGGAGAUCCUCCACACAUAUCAGAAAGAGCAGCGGAACGCCAAGGAGGCAGGCGGUAACUACACGCCGGCUCUGACGGAGCAGGAGGUGUACGCGCAGGUGGCACGCCUCUUCAAAAACCAGGAGGAUCUGCUCUCUGAGUUUGGGCAGUUCCUGCCUGAUGCCAACAGCUCUGUGCUGUUAAGUAAAACAACUGCAGAGAAAGUGGAAUCAGUAAGAAAUGACCAUGGUGGCACCGUGAAGAAGCCACAGCUCAACAACAAGCAGCAGAGACCCAACCAGAACGGCUGUCAGAUACGACGGCACUCAGGACCUGGAGCAACCCCUCCGGUGAAGAAGAAACCGAAGCUGCUUGGUUUGAAAGACCAGUCUUUGGCAGAAGCCAGCAAGCAUGGCGUGGGGACAGAAUCUCUGUUCUUUGAGAAGGUCCGCAAAGCUCUGCGUAGCACAGAGGCAUACGAAAACUUCCUUCGCUGCCUGGUUAUUUUCAACCAGGAGGUGAUCUCCCGGGCUGAGCUCGUGCAGCUAGUUUCUCCAUUCCUGGGGAAAUUCCCAGAAUUGUUCACUUGGUUUAAAAACUUUCUGGGGUAUAAAGAGUCUGUUCACAUGGAGACGUAUCCAAAGGAACGGGCUACUGAGGGGAUUGCCAUGGAGAUAGACUAUGCCUCCUGUAAAAGACUGGGCUCCAGCUACCGAGCCUUACCCAAGAGCUACCAGCAACCCAAGUGCACAGGGCGGACUCCGCUGUGUAAAGAGGUUUUGAAUGAUACCUGGGUCUCCUUCCCUUCCUGGUCCGAAGAUUCCACAUUUGUCAGCUCCAAGAAGACGCAAUAUGAAGAGCACAUCUACAGGUGCGAGGAUGAGCGUUUUGAGCUGGAUGUUGUCUUGGAGACCAACCUGGCAACAAUCCGCGUCCUUGAGGCAAUCCAAAAGAAACUCUCGCGCUUGUCUGCUGAGGAGCAAGCCAAAUUCCGACUGGACAACACUCUCGGUGGCACUUCGGAGGUGAUCCACCGCAAGGCUCUGCAGAGGAUAUAUGCUGACAAAGCAGCUGACAUCAUUGAUGGCCUUCGGAAGAACCCAUCUGUUGCUGUUCCCAUCGUGCUGAAAAGGUUAAAGAUGAAAGAGGAGGAAUGGCGAGAAGCCCAGAGGGGAUUUAAUAAAGUCUGGCGAGAGCAGAAUGAGAAAUAUUACCUGAAAUCUUUGGACCACCAGGGCAUCAACUUCAAGCAGAAUGAUACCAAGGUCCUGAGGUCAAAGAGUCUUCUCAAUGAGAUUGAAAGUAUCUAUGAUGAGAGGCAGGAACAGGCUUCGGAAGACAAUGCUGGAGUACCCACAGGCCCACACCUAUCAUUAGCCUAUGAAGACAAGCAGAUCCUAGAAGAUGCUGCCUCUCUCAUCAUCCACCAUGUGAAACGGCAGACAGGAAUCCAGAAAGAGGACAAGUACAAAAUCAAGCAGAUUAUGUAUCACUUCAUUCCAGACCUGCUGUUUGCUCAGCGAGGUGAACUCUCAGAUGUGGAAGAGGAGGAAGAAGAAGAAAUGGAUGUGGAUGAAGCUACUGGGGCUGCAAAAAAGCACAAUGGUGUUGGAGGCAGUCCUCCCAAAACCAAGCUGAUGUUCAACAACACAACAGCCCAGAAGCUGCGGGGCAUGGAUGAGGUCUACAAUCUUUUCUAUGUGAACAACAACUGGUACAUAUUCAUGCGACUGCAUCAGAUCCUGUGUUUGCGGCUGCUGAGGAUCUGCACCCAGGCUGAGCGGCAAAUCGAAGAGGAGACGCGGGAAAGGGAGUGGGAAAGGGAAGUGCUAGGCAUAAAGCGAGACAAGAGCGACAGUCCUGCGAUCCAGCUGCGACUGAAGGAGCCUAUGGAUAUUGAUGUUGAGGAUUAUUACCCGGCGUUCCUGGACAUGGUGCGCAAUCUCCUGGAUGGGAACAUGGACUCGUCGCAGUACGAGGACUCCCUGCGCGAAAUGUUCACCAUUCAUGCCUACAUCGCCUUUACCAUGGACAAGCUGAUUCAGAGCAUUGUUCGACAGCUCCAGCAUAUAGUGAGUGACGAGAUCUGCGUGCAGGUAACAGAUCUCUACCUGUCAGAGAAUAACAAUGGAGCAACUGGAGGCCUUCUCACUUCUCAGUCUUCUCGUACUGUUCUGGAGGCCACAUACCAGCGCAAAGCUGAGCAGCUCAUGUCAGAGGAGAACUGCUUCAAGCUGAUGUUCAUUCAGAGCAGAGGUCAAGUUCAGUUAACCAUUGAACUGCUGGACACAGAAGAGGAGAACUCUGAUGACCCAGUAGAAGCAGAGCGCUGGUCAGACUACGUGGAGCGGUACGUGAACUCCGAUUCUACCUCCCCUGAGCUCCGGGAGCACCUGGCCCAGAAACCGGUCUUCCUGCCAAGGAAUCUGAGGCGGAUCCGUAAGUGUCAGCGUGGUCGGGAGCAGCAGGAGAAGGAAGGGAAGGAGGGAAACAGUAAGAAGUCCAUGGAGAACGUGGAGAGCUUGGACAAGCUGGAGUGUAAAUUCAAACUGAACUCCUAUAAGAUGGUGUACGUGAUCAAAUCGGAGGAUUACAUGUACAGGAGGACCGCUCUGCUGCGAGCUCAGCAGUCCCACGAAAGAGUGAGCAAGCGGCUGCACCAGCGGUUCCAGGCCUGGGUGGACAAAUGGACCAAGGAGCACGUGACCCGCGAGAUGGCAGCCGAGACGAGCAAGUGGCUAAUGGGCGAAGGCUUGGAGGGCUUGGUGCCCUGCACCACCACCUGUGACACAGAGACCCUGCACUUUGUGAGCAUUAACAAGUACCGCGUCAAAUAUGGCACAAUAUUCAAGACACCGUAAACGCCCUGGGCGAGGGAAGACCCCGGGAUAUGUGUGUGUGUGUGUGCGCAUCAAGGAAAUGAGGAAGAUGCCUUUCUCCCCUCACUGUGUAUCUCCGUAACAUGGCCACUUGACUAGGGGGUGGCUGGUACAACCUGACACCAGCGGGAUUCUCCGUAGGAACGAGGAUCUCCGCCGACGCGUGCUGGGACUGCUGGCCGCCGGCCUUUCGACUUCAGCACGCGCCGCGGAGGGAAGGACCCUUCUCCAAACUGAGCGAUCCCAGAGGAACACAACUAGCUCGUACACACCAGCAGUGUUGAGGCUUAACUCCCCGGAGGCCUGAGCAUCGAGGGAAGAGGACCGGAGGCUCGCCGCGACCUGAGCAGAUGGGUGCGUUUCCAAGCUUGCUUGGGCGCGUGUCACCAACCCCAGAGGUGCCUGUCACAGCUGGCGUCUCCUCCGCUGCGGCGCUGCGAGCUCGCGAGGAGCUCGCGCGGGGCCCCAGGCGCUCCCGCAGCCCGACGCCACCCCACGGAGCUGACCUCGGUUCCUCGCUUCCCUCUCCGCCCUCCCAUGCUGGACUCAACCAGUGCAGAUUGGUCUGUCCUUUCUAGUGCCAGUGGAACUGUUUUUUGUACCUGCUUGUUUACUAGUCUCUCCUAGUGCCAUGCACCAGCUUUUCACACACAUGUCCGUACACACACACCACAGAAAAAACACAAUUUUAACAUGUUCCCCUCCUUUUUUGUAAAUAAAUGUACAAAUUGUCAAUUUUUUUUGUUUUUUAUUAAAGGAAGUAUGCUUGAUGUGCUAGCAUAACUGUACUAGCUUCUUGUGUACCAUAGUACCAGGUGGCUUGAGAAUUAGUACCUACAGACAGACCUACGAAGACAUUUAUUACACUUUUUACCAAAGGGAGUUAUCAUUGUAGUGCUUUUGUGUGGAAACUUUUCUCUCCUUUUUUUGUAAAUAAAAAUGAUGUCUUUGUUCUUACUGGAGGAAGACACUCGCUCACCCACAGCCCUGUUCCUGGUCUGAGAGGCACCAUGCAGCAUGCAGUUUUUGGGGUGGGGAAGAGGGGGCACCAUUUGAUUAUUGGCUUCACAAUCUGAGAGGAAAAAGCAGAGGCAGUGUGUGUGUUUUGUGGUUGACACAACCGAGUUAUAAGCAGUCUGUUAAGAUAUAUAAAUAUAUAUUAUAUAAUUUUUAAUUUUUUUAAUUUUUGUUUCCUGGUGGGUAAUUUUUAUCCACCUAGUCUUCCAGCUCCAAGGACCUUCGCUUUUGGGAAGUGUUGCUGAGCUACUUAGCUGGGGUUGAUUGUGCUUAUGUAUUUUUCCCUCUCAGUAUUGGAGAAAACAUCUUAAGUACCAAACCAGUAUUUGAUAGAGCUGCUCUGUGUGUGUGUUUGUGCGUGGUGCGUGCGUGUGUGCAAGAGAAGGGCGAGGGGGCGGGGUGGGUUUUGGUGCAUUUCACUAGUGAAAUCCACAUAUGGGAUAUAUAUUUUUUUAAGUAUAGAAGUUUAGCGCUGGCAGAUAUUUAAACACAGGGAAGAUUCUGAUUUUAAAAAGAAGUCGGCAUGGACUUCGUAAGCCACGACAGACACAACUGCACUGUCUCUCCUCCUCAAAGGAGGCAGCUUUCCUUGCACAAACCAAUGCUGCCAGGCCUAAGCGCCCAAACUGCUUCCGCUGUCCCAGGCGGGGAGCCGUGAGCUGAGCUGCGCCGUCGCUCCCCUCGGGCCCAGGGCUUUCGAAGAGGGCGAGUUGUCUCCCCGCGGGGCUCGGUUCCCCUCCUUCCCGCAGGCAGGGAGCUGGAGCAGCGUGUGCGGAGGACGGAGAGGGGAGAGGCUCGGGCGAAGGUCCGGGGGGGGCCCGUCCCUCGCGGACCUUCCCACGGCCCGGGAGAGCGGAGGCGAAGCGCAUGGCCCGGAGGGGCCGCUACUCAUUGGCAGCCAAUGUGCAGAAGGCAGAUCUAGCCGUGGAGAUGAACGGGAGCCUCCUAUGGAGAGAGGGCAAGAGAGGGAAGAGCCCAUCGGGGAAUAUUCAGAGUUUGCCAGCAAUAAGUUACCUGUCUCGUUUCUCCUCCUUUUGCUGUAAGCGGACAGGAAGGGGGUCUCGUGUGUCCUCUUCCGUGGCAAAGGCUUUAUGUGCACUCCCCUGCUCCUCUCCCUCCCUCCCUCCCCCGCCGGUCUUGAUCCCCCCGUUUUUCCUGUGUAUGCUCAAGGUGAUCUGGAAGCGGAAGUCUGGGUGAUUUAGACUUUUAACCAGCUUGGAAGUAACAGCUGCUGCUGCUGCUUUGUGGGUGUCUUGUCCCGAGUCUGUGCCUGCAUGUCCUCUGAGCGGAGGGGGGCUAACGCGGACUCCUGUUCUCUGCGGUGCCCAGGAAAAACCAGCCAAUAAACCACACGGAGACCUCCCCCUUUCGCAGCAGGGUUUCCACAAGCGGCUUUCCUCCCUCCCCGUGUCUGACAUCUGAGCUCCAAGCUCUGAUCCCAGCCUGUACAAUAGCAAAGAUUUUUUCUUUUUAUUUGAACUUGCUUUUUGUAUUCUGUAAUGUGAUCCUUGGCCCACUAUCCAUGUGAUUUCUAUACAAAUGUUGUAAACUUGACUGUAGUGCAGUAUUUCCAUUAAAAUAUCAGGGCUAA